ACAUGAUAUUCUAGAUUCCAUCUGGUUUUUUACUACGCUUACGAGUCUUCUUCAGCAUUAUUCUAUUCAGUCUCGACUGCUUAACCGAAGCUACCUUUUUCUGCUGGCUCAGAACCAGAUUUCCGGCCGCUGAGCGCCGCCGCAGACAACUCUAUUGCUAUCCAGAAGCGGCGCUGCCUUGUCGACCCUCACACAAUGGCCGUGUCGCAGACAGGCGAUAACGUGAAUCUUCUAUACGGCCUGGGGGGUGAAAGGAAAAACCUGAACCCGGCAACCGUGAAUGCCGUCGACAGCCACUUGAUGGAGAUCAGCUCAAUCAGGCUGACUUCAUCAAGCGACAGCCGGGACUCGGUAUUGGCAUUUGUGAGGUUUCCAAAGGAUGCCCGCUUGGCUCCCGCCUGUGACGGGAAGGGAUGGGAGGACGUGUUCAUCCGAAUGAACUACGAGAAGCUCAUGGGCCUCGGCUCGACCAAGGUUCACGAAAUGUUCACCGACAGCGCCCAAAGACGCUUCCGUCGACGGCUGCCCCUCACGACGCUGCCGCCUGGGAUCGAGUACGUUCUCGAUUUCACGCCCCCCCAAGAGGGUCCUGAGCUGGCCGAUCUCACCGCGGCCCUCUGGCUUCCUCGCAUAAUCAAGAUCUGGUUCCUGGCCGGGAAUUACAUCCCAGAGCCAGUUGUUGCGGGGGAAGGGGUCUGGAAACGCCCUCUGGCUGACAGAGCUGUUGGCUCUAUCAUGACCCUUGGCCACGACGAUGUCUGCAAGAGCAAUUCGUGCCUCACGGAUUUCUCCCACUGGCAGACCAAUGAAAACGUUCUCGGCAUCAUUGAUGAGCACCCGGGUCAUCCUGGAAGCCGCAUUCCAGAUUUUAGGAAAGUUGAAGAUUACUGUCCGAUUCGACAUCGGGUUUCCAUUGUCCGCCUUCUUAGGGCAAUGAACGGCGACGGGCUUCUGCUGAACUCGGCCGUGCGCAUGUGGACUGUCGCCCAGGUAGCUAUUAACCUCGAAGUGCCACAGGUUGUUGUUGACCCAGUUACUCAAUGGCUCGUGGCACCGCCAAACACCAAGUUCAUCGAGAUCUGCCCAGAGAAAGCCUUUCAACUGGCAUACGCUCUCAAAAUCCCGAGUGUGCUCAUCGCCUCCUUCAAGAUACUGGUCAACGAGCGGGCAGUCGACUACGCCAGUUCGGUGCCCUCGUCGCGCCUGCCCGAGUUCACAUGGGCUCAGCGCCGGCGCGAUGACUAUGGAGAUUUCCCGUCGGACCCAGUUGAGUACGCCAGCCGCUCGUUCGCCGAGCGAAUGAGCACCAAACUCAGGAUGCUCCAGUCAGACCAGGUUUUCAUCUGGCUCCCCAAGACGAUCAGCGAGUGGAAUAAGUUCGUCGUGCUCGGCGGGCUUAUCGAACCUACUAACCCAUGGAAAGAAGCUUACGAAGAACUCGCUGCGGCUUUACUUGCUGUGUUCCACCAACACGUACAAAACUCCCUCGCAACACCCGCAUUUCCUAUCUCAGUCAUCGACCUUCUCGAGGCGCAACGCAAGCACUACAUCCCUUGGUGGGAUCGCACUCCCAUCACCGUUCUUUACAGUGACCUCAACCCUAGUCAAAAAGCGUUGACGCCCUUCUUUUGGAAGACGCUUAAGGACAAUAUCCCCCCGUUGAAAGAACUCUCGGAGUUCACGAACCCCAAUGACAACAUGAAACAAAGGACACUCAUGCAACUAGUCGAUCAAUUCAACUGGCAUGUCCAGGUCUCCCAGGCUGGGCAAAGAGCCGUCCCAUGGUCAAGCCUGCCAAGUUCAAGUCACUUUUUCAGCCUUGCGAGAUUCCGCGACGAGCUAAGAAUAGGGGUUGGCGAACUGGCCAACUCGGUAACGGGCGGCCAGCUCGCCGCUCUGAACGAGCAUGAGGGGGCGAUCCCUUUUUAUCUCAGCGACCAUCUCCUCCUGAACGCACUCGACGAGAGCGAGAUGAAAUACCUGCCCCUCUGGGCCGACGGACUCGACGACGGCUCCGGCGGCGUCUUUCAGGAGCCCGUGCCGCUCGCCGAAAUGGGCCCCUCGGAGCCGGGGCCCGGCUACCACACCGGCUUCACCGUUCCUAGCUAUGGCGGUACUGCUGCCGAUACUGAGACCCUCGAGGGAGGCAGCCGUGCCGGGGGGUAUGCCUCGACUGUCGCCCAGUCGUCAGUCGGCAUUGAUAUGGGCGUGUUGGCGCUCGAUGAUGAGAGCUAUUUUGGAGGUGGGACUGCGGCGGGCAAGAGCAUGCUCGCGCAGCGCAGCGCUACGCCUACGGCUACCGCUGAUGGGAAUUCGGUUGUUGAUGGUGGUGGUGUGCACCCAGCCCCACCGCCCUCCGAGUCGUUCGCCGCAGAUUCCAGAGAGGACGACGAUUAUGCUGAUGCCAUGUUUGCGCAGCCGGCCGACCAUCAGGUUCACGGUAUGGCGAUUGAGCGGUAUAUGGAGGAGGAAGAUAUGCAGGAGCAGAGGGAUGCGAUGGAUCUGGAUGAUAACUACGCUGAUGACAUGGACGAUAUGGGGUUCUAUGACUCGGAUGACGGCAGCUCGACCCUGGAUGGGUUUGAGGAGAUCAACGCUGACGCCGAUGGUGAUGCUAAUGCAUCAGGGCGGAUUUGAUGGGAUUUGGCGACAUCUCCUGGGAUAAACUCUUGCGAUCGGUCGGCUCUUUGCUUCUUCUUGAUUGCUAAUCGCAGCAGUCUGGGCUUUCACAUUUCUUUGCCCUGCCCAUUGACAGAGGGGAAAAAAGGAGUAUAUAACGCUUGGGUGCGUUCGGGCGCAAACGGAUAAC